AUGGCCGAUACAACAAUUACGACUACUGCCAUUGUCACGUUACGGCGGCACACUGGCUUGCUUCGCGCCGCGAUCAACGAGACUGAGCGGGUCAGGCUCCUUCUCCCCCCUCCUCUGUACGUCAACCCUCGGCGCUGCGCGACCUUCUCCCCACCGCGCCGCCCUUCACCCUCUAUCGCUCUCCCUCUCUCUGGUCCCCCCCAGCCCCCACAUCGCGGACUCCAGUCGCUGGUAGCCUGUCCCUUACCCUCGUUCCCAGCUGCGAUGCUGCAUCCGUCGUCAAUCGCUGUCCUUUUCUACUCGUGUCCUCAACCCCCUGCAUCCCACCCCGCGAAUUCCCACCGUCAUUCGCCCACGCCAUCUGCACUCUCCCCCAUUUCUCCCAUCCCAACAGACACAACUCCUUUGACACGCUCCCGUAGCAUCAGCGUGCGACAACCUGCUGCCCUUGCGCGUGCGCUCUUGGGACUAGUCCUCUGGAUGGGGAGAAUAUGCACGCGAUUAUUUUUGUUUUUGUGAGGAAAAUUGUCAAGGGGGUGUGGGAGUGUAAAGUAGUUGUACUGAAAUGAGUCAUGCGGAAAGAAAGAUUCAAUAAUUGUUGGCAGAUAAAUCAGUGGAGAAUUUUUGUUCCAGACCAACAUUAAAAUGUAUUUUUGAGAGAGGGGCUUCUAUUUUGGAAAUUUCAAUUUCAUUACACUUUGGCUUUUCUUUUCAAUUUCCAGAUGUAUGCAAUGUCUCUUAAAUGAGCUUGAAAUAUUUCAUAUAGAAUUCAAUCUGUAGAAAAAUCUCUUCUUAUAGGACUUCCUUUUAUUUUUAAUUUUUUACAAAUUGCAGAUUUAUUUGCGUAUAAUGAUCUACAGUCAUCUUAAAUAAUUUUAAAUAAUUAAUAGCAUUCAGAGAUAGAUGUGGAACACGUGGGAAUAAUGAGUUGAGGAACGACGCCCCUGAAACCUUAAAUUCCAAAGAUAUUCAAGAUUUAUUUUUUAUUUCACGGAAUUCGGAAAUUGCAUUCACUUCGUUUCAGAAUUUCAUGAUAGUCAGGAUUCCGUGAACUGCUUUCCCCUGAUAAAAAAUCCUAUCCUCUUUGACAUACAACAUGAAUGAAUGAUGUCAUUGAAUGUCCGAUAGAUUUCAAUCAAUUUCAUCCCGCGAUAUUAAAUGGAAAUGGAGAUAUAAAUUUUUCUCGUUGACUCUGAUUUUCAGGUUCACAAUGCGUGGAGGGAUCGAAUGGCCCGUAGGUCGCGGGUAUGGUAUAUUUCAAACUGGAGUUACGGUGAAAAAUUAUUAUGGGACAUAGAAAGCAAUGUGAAUGUAUGCAAAGGAUAAUCCGGGGCAUAAACUGUGCGUCGAAUCAACUCGGGGUAGGAUGCGUUUCUGCGAAGACGACAGGUGGAAGCGUUGAGAAAUACGGAUGCGUUAGGCAAUUAUUCAAUCCGCAUUUUUCAACGGUUUAUGAUUCCCGACGAAAUAUGCCGCAUUGUCUGGGGUUCGGAUCUUCACGUGAGGCUGAUCACCAAGGUCGGGGGAAAUGUAAUUGUAGGGAGAGCUGAAGUGGGUCAAAGUUAUGUGCGUUUGAGGUUCAAUACAAGACAAUAGCCCGCAACGGGAUUUUUGAGGGAUUCGUUUCCGUCAAAGGACGAGAUUUAUGAGUAUUGCGUAAAUUUACAUUUUGUUGUUAUGCUAUUAAUGAACGGGAAUAUUUAGAAAGCUCAGAAUAUGAGUUUUUCAAUUUUUCCUAGGAGUGAGUAAAUUUUUUGUCUCCAUUUUUCUCAAUUGAAAUCUAUAAAUAUAAUUUUUCAACGAGUUGAGUAUAAGAAUUCUUAUGAAUUCUAUUUAUUUCGCGACUUGUGAUA